GAACUACGAACGGACAUACACGGUGUAGUGCGUUUCAUUUAAUGAUACGAUGCUGUAUGUGAAAUAACGAGUUUUGUAUUUGGAUCUCGUAUUUUAGUUAAUUUUUAUUCUAAAUUACGAUCUCUAAGAUCAAUCCAUAUUGUAGUGUAAUAUCAAUCAGUUUCCCAUAACGGCGGGCAAUCGAAUCAUGUCGAGCAUAAGUCUCUUAAAUAAAAUGUUUCGAAAGAUAAUCAAAAAGAAAUCCCAGCUACAACAACAAGUGUGCGGUUCAACGCAAUUGAAACUUUCCAAUCCAAGCGGAGAUGCCGGCAAAAAUCAAACUCCGCCUACGUUGCUUUCGAGUUUGAGAAGCGUUCUUUUCGUCAUCGGAACUGUUGUUAUUGGAUUUGCUGCCGUUUGCAAUUCGUUGACAUGGCAUCUCCAAAGAUUUUGGGGCGCUUCCGGUGAUUUUUGGCAAGCUCAAUGGGACAAGAUUUUGAAUAAGUUUGGAGACGAUCCUGUAACCUUAUGGGUUUAUGGAUCAAUGGGAUUGACAUUCAUGGUUUACUGGAUUUUUGGAGGCAUUUAUACGAUCCUUGACGUUACAAAUCGUCCAGCAGCUUUACGAAGAUACAAGAUACAACCAGGCACGAACGAGCCAGUUGACACAAGAGAACUCUGCAAAGUAAUCGCUCAAGUAUUGUUAAAUCAGAUAAUCGUUGGACUUCCUAUAGCAUACUGCAGUUAUCACUUUAUGGAAUGGCGCGGUUAUCCCUCGGUAAGAGAAUUGCCGACUUUUCACUGGGUGCUCGUUGAGAUCGCCAUUCAUAUAUUGUUCGAGGAAAUUGGAUUUUACUAUUCACAUAGAUUCCUGCACAGCCGUUACCUGUACAAGUACAUACAUAAACAGCAUCAUGAAUGGACUGCACCAGUAGCGGUAACAGCGAUGUACUGUCAUCCUUUAGAACACAUUGGCUCCAAUUUGAUUCCACCGUUUCUCGGUGUUUUCAUCGUUGGCUCUCACGUAGCAACCGCAUGGUUGUGGUUCUCUCUUGCGAUUCUUUCGACGUUGAAUGCUCAUUCUGGUUAUCAUUUACCGUUUUUCCCAUCUCCAGAGGCACAUGAUUUUCAUCACUUAAGAUUUAAUCAAUGUUUUGGAGUAUUAGGCGUUUUAGAUCGUCUUCAUGGAACAGAUACUCAAUUUCGUAAUUCACGAGCUUAUCAACGUCACGUGAUGAUGCUUAGUUUGGUACCACCGAGAGAGGCAUUUCCUGAUGAAACUAAAUAUAAAUCUAAAUAAGAAGAUAAUAUAUUCGGUUGUAUAAACAUGUCGAGAUUAAUCUUGAAACUAAACUUCCUGGUUCAGAUCGGUAUCGUCGAAUAAGAAAAAUAAUGACGACGAUUACUUCGGUUUGCAUUUGACAAACGAUUCUUCUUCGAUUAAUCUUAAAGAAGUUUCGGAACUCUACGAUCGGUAUAAUACCGAUUCGUGAACUUGUUCAAUUGUGCACAACCAUAGGUCAGCGUGAUCAAUCGAGGCCUAAUCUCGCUGAACUUUAUCUACAUAAUUCGACCCAUUCACGAGUCAUUUAAACAAAAUUUUUAAGAUAAUUUUAUCUUUUUUUUUUUUGUUACUACAUGAUAUUUGUAGCGUUUAUUUUAGAGAGAAAAAGAAAGAGAGAGAGUGAAAGAGAGAGAGAGAGAGAGAAAAAAGAAAAGAGAUUUCUUUCGGCUGUAAUUAUAUGCACAACAACUUAUACUAUUUUUUUACUUUUCCUUUCUACAUCAAAAUAUAUUCGAAAAUGUGUAAUUUGAUAUAAAUCAUUUUGUCUAUGAUAAGAAAGAAAUUCCUUUUUGAACGUAAUAAUUGGACGGAUUUUUAAUUUAUUAGUGUAAACGUUAAUGUAAAUUUUGAUUUAAAUCAUUAACGCGAAAACAUGAGAUCGUCACGACAAGCGGAAAUCAUCGUAAACAAAAUUAACAUAAUAAUUAUAUAAAAAUAACAUUCUUGAAAAAAAAACUAUCGGAUCGAUAGAUUGCGUUAAUCGUUCCAAUUAAUAAGCUGUUAAUAUUAAACUUGACUUUAUGACAAAUACUAUUUUUAUAUUUAUUUUAUCGUAGUUUAUAUAUAAUCAAUGACUUAACGAUUUCAAUGUAUUCCACGUUAAGUUCGUAGUCAUUUUUUUCUUAGCGAAUUUAUUAGUUAGGUGGUAUGGUACGUGUGCAUAAUAACUAUUAAAUAUUAUAUUAGCUUUAUACAUUUGAGGUACAUUCAAAUUAAUUGAAAAUUGCUUAUAUAAACGUACUAUGUAGUACAAAAUGUACAUAAUAUCAUCAUCGAAAUUAUAAUUGUGGAUGAAUCGAACUUGAACGAUAUAUCCAUAUUUUAAAAAAAACUGAUUGUAUAUUUUUCUUUUUUUUUUUUUUAUUUUAUCUCAUAGUUUUUACUUUUAAAAAUAUGCUGUUCGAGAAAUAAUACGAUUUGUGAGAUUCAAUAUAUACUGCAUUUUCAGUAAACAUUAUAACAAUUGAUCAAUGAUAUGAUAUUUUGCAAUAACCCAUAGUACCUAAUAUUAUAUAA